AUGGCUGCAGGCGUCAUCAGGAACUUUCUCAUCCAGGCUCCGACUCCGGCCUACUUCCCCAUGAUUUUUCAGCAUUCUCCAUGUAAGGACAGUGACUACGAGAAGACGCUGCAAGAGAAGCCAGAGGAGAGAGAAGACGAAGGAGAGAGACAGGCAGAUGAAGACGAGGAGGACGAAGAAUCUGAGGCUCAGGAGGAAGAGGAAGAAGGUUUGGAGGAGGUUUUCUUAAACCCCGCUCACCAUGCUCUGGAUGUGACCAAGCAGCUGCUGAGGUUCGCCGACGUCAUCAGUCGCGAUGUGCAGCGCUAUUUUGGUCGCUGCUCGGGUGACCAAGAGGCGUGCGACAUCUACAGCGACUCCAUCUCCAUCACCACCAGUGGGCGUCUGCGUUACUAUGACGACCUGAUGAGAAUAGCGAGAGGAAGUCCUGAGGUGCAGGAGAACAGCUUCAGGGCCUGUCCUGAAGAGCAAAGAGCCGCGGCUGGAAAAGGCAACAGCAGUGGGCUGGGGCCCCUGGCCGAACUGUUUGACCUCAGGGCCCCGAGCAAGGUCCGAGGCCAACCGAUGAUCAAACGACACCUCCCUCUCAGUUUCUGGACCGAGCCGAUCCCCAGCUGCUCCCUGGUCACUCUGAGUAACACGCUCGGCAUCGCACACAGGACCGGCGCCUCGCCUUCGCAGGACCUCACACACACGGACGAUAACGCGCACAUGCACUAUAACGUCCCAGCGCAGCACAACAUGCACACCCUCGACAGCACUCAGCCAGAUUUCAGCGACCUGUUGGCAAACUGGGAUCCAAACCCGGAGCUCACUCACACGCUGACGGAGAACACAAACAUGCAGCACUGA